GCCACUUGGCAUGCCCUGAGUCUGUGUGUGUGUGCUUGGGUGAGCACUUGCAUGCCUACCAGCAGCUUUGCCCUGUCCUGGCUUCACUCAUGCUACCGGCAGCAUUGCACGCCCAUGUGUCUCUGUGUGUGUGCACACACGUGAGAAGAGAGGAGAGAGGGGAGGCGAGGCAGACACGCUUAUAGGAAGUGCCAGCAGCCGAUGCCCGGUGUGAAAGCAAACUCUGUCAUCUCUUGGAGUGCUGCAAGUGGACAAACUGCCUGACACAAUGCCAAGUUUUGAUGAGGUUCUGAAGGAAGCUGGUGAAUUUGGAAGAUUUCAGAAGAGGGUCUUUUUCCUCCUUUGCCAGACCGGCAUAACUUUUUCUUUCCUGUUUGCCAGCGUGGUUUUCCUUGGGCAAGCACCAGGCAGCUACUGGUGCAGGAUCCCUGGGGCAGCUGAACAAAGUGAACUAUGUGGCUGGACACUGGAAGAGGAGCGAAACUUCACAGUACUACCCCUGCGCCUUGGGAACGGGUCCUCCAGUGGGGAGUGUGAGAGGCUGGAUGUUGUGUGGGACACCUCCGUCAGCUGUGCCAGCCCGCUCACACACUACAGCAAUGGCAGCACGGGCUACCUGCCGCUUACCACGUGCCACGAUAACUGGGUGUACAAACAGCCCCACUCAUCCAUCGUUAGCGAGUAUAACCUCGUGUGCGGCAAUGCCUGGAUGCUGGAUCUCUCGCAAGCUGUCCUCAAUCUAGGGUUUCUGGCUGGUGCGUUCACCCUGGGCUACGCUGCAGACAGAUAUGGCAGAAUCCUCACCUACCUGCUCUCCUGUCUCGGGGUAGGGAUAUGUGGUAUCAUAGUGGCAUUUGCACCAAACUUUACUACAUUUCUGAUCUUCCGUUUUCUCCAAGGCGUGUUUGGCAAGGGAACCUGGAUGACAUGCUAUGUGAUUGUGACAGAGAUUGUUGGUUCUGACCAGCGGAUUGUUGGGAUUGUGAUUCAGAUAUUCUUCACGCUGGGAAUUAUGAUUCUCCCUGGAAUUGCAUACGUGAUUCCCACCUGGCAAGGGAUCCAGCUGGCCAUAUCACUGCCCAACUUCCUCUUCCUGCUGUACUACUGGGUGGUUCCUGAAUCUCCACGUUGGCUCCUGACACGCAAGAAGGGAGACAAAGCAUUAAAAAUCAUGCACAACAUUGCAAAACACAAUGGGAAAUAUCUCUCACCACAUUACUCAGAGAUCACUGUUAACAACGAGGAGGUCAGCAACCCUUCCUUUCUCAGCCUGGUGAGGACUCCCCGGAUGAGAAGGAACACUCUCAUCCUCAUGUAUGCCUGGUUCACAAGUGCCCUGAUCUACCAAGGGCUUGUCAUGCGCCUAGGAAUUGUUGGAGGAAACCUCUACCUAGACUUCUUCAUCUCAGCAGCUGUAGAGCUGCCUGCUGCUCUCCUAAUUUUAGUGACAAUUGAUCGCAUCGGCCGUCGCCUUCCUUUUGCUAUAAGCAACAUUGUGGCAGGAAUUGCAUGCCUCAUUACUGCCUUUUUGCCAGAAGAUAUCCUAUGGCUUAAAAUGACAAUUGCUACACUGGGAAGACUGGGCAUCACGAUGGCUUUUGAAAUUGUGUAUCUUGUGAACACUGAAUUGUACCCUACGACACUGAGAAACUUUGGUGUUUCCCUGUGCUCAAGUCUGUGUGACCUAGGAGGGAUCAUAGCCCCAUUCCUGCUUUUCCGAUUAGCAGCCAUUUGGUUGGAGCUACCUCUAAUAAUUUUCUGUAUUCUUGCAGUUGUCUGUGGGCUCCUGGUACUCCUUUUACCAGAGACAAAGGGAAUCUCCUUACCAGAGACAGUGGAGGAUGUGGAACAGCUUUCAAGUCAUUUUGGUAAAUGUGGCAAGAAGCGGAAACACCGGGAUACCAACUCAUAUAUUUGAACUUCGAAGGACAGCACUAAGCUAAGAACCAUGCUCUUAUACUGGGAAUUUUUUCUCCAUCCGCCACCACUUCAAAAUUUGCAGAGUAUGGGUUAAACUCCAUGUUCUUCUAAGCAUAAGGACAUUUAAAACAAGCAGUGUAUUUUUCUAUAAAUAUUAAUAAAUUCAUUUUUUUUCUGAGUA